AUUUUGCAUACUGAAUGUGUAGUUUCGAAAAACUUGGAAUAACAGAGUUCUUAUUUAGGGUGGACCAAUGUGGCUUUGAUAUCAUAUAACCAUUCCACCACUAAAAUAUUUUCUGUGAUCCAUGAACUGUCAUAAUCGCCAAGACAUGUGGGGAUGAGUAUGCCAUUGUUCGGAAAGAAAGAACCUACCACCAAGAAGAGCGGAGGUAAAAAGGAGGAUGAGAAGACUCCACGAAUAGAGGAUAAGUAUGAUCUCAAGGAUCUUCUUGGAACGGGAGCUUUCUCCCAAGUUCGACUUGCUGAAAGCAAGGACCUACCUGGAGAGUUCAGUGCUGUCAAGAUUAUUGACAAGAAGGCCUUGAAAGGGAAGGAAGAUUCCCUUGAAAAUGAAAUUCAAGUCCUAAGAAGAUUGCGACACCCCAACAUAGUUAGGCUGGUUGAGACCUUUGAGGACCGAAGUCGAGUCUACCUAGUCAUGGAACUGGUGACUGGAGGAGAGUUAUUCGAUCGAAUUGUGGAGAAAGGUUCGUACACGGAGAAGGAUGCGGCGGAUUUGAUCCGGCAGGUGCUGGAGGCUGUUGACUACAUGCAUCAGCAGGGUGUUGUGCAUCGCGACCUCAAGAUAUUCCCACUCGUGUUUCUCGACCUUGAAGAAAGGAGACGAGAGGGGGAAAAAGAGGCAGAAACGGUGAAUCCAAUUGAAAAGGAGCAGAGCUUUCAGGCCUCUGCGUGUCCCCAGAGUGGGAGGGAAGACGAAGACGAGAGAAGUUGGGCGGUAAUUUUGGGGGAGACUCGGGCCCAGGAGACCAAUUUCUUAAACUUUCAGCCAGAGAAUCUCCUCUACUACAGCCCAGAUGAGGACAGCAAAAUCAUGAUUAGUGAUUUUGGGCUCUCCAAAAUGGAGGACUCAGGAAUCAUGGCAACGGCCUGUGGUACACCAGGAUAUGUUGCCCCUGAAGUGUUGGCCCAAAAGCCUUAUGGCAAGGCAGUAGAUGUCUGGUCUAUAGGAGUCAUAGCAUACAUCCUUCUCUGUGGAUAUCCCCCCUUCUAUGAUGAAAAUGAUGCUAACCUCUUUGCACAAAUACUAAAAGGGGAAUUUGAGUUUGAUUCUCCUUAUUGGGAUGACAUCAGUGACUCAGCCAAAGACUUCAUUCGGGGUCUCAUGUGUGUUGAUGUGGAGAAGAGGUUCUCGUGUAAGUCGGCUCUUUCACACCCUUGGAUCUGUGGUAAUGCUGCUGACCGCAAUAUCCAUGACUCUGUGUCUGCUCAACUUAAGAAGAAUUUUGCCAAGUCUCGAUGGAAGCAAUUGAUGCAUGCCAUAGCCAUGGUGCAUAAGAUGCAAAGGCUGGCCUUGAGUUCAGCCAGCAUGGACCAUCAGGACGAAAAGAGAACAGAUGCCGAAAGUCUGGGGGAGAACCCAGGAGAUCCUCAGCCGUCUUCAUCAUCAUCCUCCUCUUCGCAACAGCUCCCAGCAAACCCCACGUCUAGUGAUAUCUGUGUGUAA